AUGGGCUGCUCUAAGUUUUCCAUGUACAUUUUCUUCUUCAUGAAUAUGGUUUUCUCUAUAGUUUUAGGCCAAAAAAAUGAGGAAAUUAUGUUAAAUGAUCGCGAUUCGCUUGUUUCGUUCAUGUCUAGGAUUGUUUCUGAUCCACACCAUGUACUAGAAAGUUGGAAUUCUUCCAACAUUCAUCUAUGUAAUUGGACAGGAAUUGUAUGUGACAACAAAAUUCAUAGAGUUGUUGAGCUUGAUCUUAGUCACCAUUCGUUACGUGGAACGAUUUCUCCCUCCCUCUCUGGCCUCACAUUCUUGGAGAUUCUUGAUUUGUCUGGGAACUUAUUUGAAGGAAAAAUCCCAGUUGAAUUAGGCAAUCUUUUUAAGCUUAAUCAGCUAAGUUUGUCUUCUAAUCUCCUAGAAGGAGAUAUCCCAAAUGAGUUAGGACAUCUUCAUGAAUUGAAGUAUCUUGAUUUGGGAACAAACAAUCUUUCUGGUGCAAUUCCUUUGUCUUUGUUCUGUAAUUGCUCUGCAUCAUUACAGUAUAUGGAUCUUUCUAACAAUUCGCUUCGCGGUGAAAUACCUAUGGAUGAUCAUUGUGAGUUGAGUGGUUUGAAGUUUCUUCUUCUAUGGUCUAAUGAACUUGUUGGUGAAGUCCCUAAAGCUCUUUCGAAAUCUACAAAACUAGAAUGGCUUGAUCUUGAAUCGAAUUCGUUGAGUGGUGAGCUUCCUUGUGAUAUUGUAAGUAAAAUGCCAAAGUUACAAUUUUUAUACUUGUCUUACAACAACUUUGUUAGUCAUAGUGGUAAUACUGACUUGACGCCUUUUUUCGCGUCUUUAGUUAAUUCUACUAACUUGGAAGAACUUGAGUUGGCUGGGAAUAGUCUUGGUGGGGAGUUACCUCCUAUUAUUGGUAACAUCUCCAAGAACCUUGCACAGAUUCAUCUCGACGAUAAUCUUAUCAAUGGUCCUAUCCCAACACAAAUUUCGAGUCUUGUAAACAUUACUCUAUUGAACUUGUCUAGUAAUCAUCUCAAUGGUACAAUUCCUACAGAGUUGUGUCAAAUGAGGAAACUCGAGAGGCUUUAUCUAUCGAAUAACUCACUCUCAGGUGUCAUUCCUUCUGCUUUUGGUAAUGUUUCUCAUUUAGGCCUUCUUGAUCUGUCGAAAAACAAGCUCUCUAGAUUAAUCCCCAAUACCUUUGCUAAUCUUCCCCAACUGAGGAGGCUUCUGUUGCAUGAUAAUCACUUAUCUGGAACGAUACCCUCGAGCCUAGGUGAAUGUGUUAACUUGGAAAUACUUGAUCUUUCUCAUAACAGAAUCACGGGGACGAUUCCAAGUGCAGUUGCUGGAUUAAAUAGUUUGAAGCUCUAUCUUAACUUGUCUAGUAAUCACUUACAUGGUCCAAUUCCUUUAGAGCUUAGCAAAAUGGAUAUGGUGUUGGCAAUUGAUUUGUCUUCGAAUAAUCUCUCAGCUAAUGUCCCUUCACAGCUUGGCAGCUGCAUUGCUCUCGAAUACUUGAAUCUAUCGCGUAAUUCCUUAGAAGGACGUCUUCCAUCUUCUAUAGGAAGAUUGCCUUACCUUAAGGAAAUCGACGUUUCAUUCAAUGUGUUGAGUGGGGAAAUACCACAGACGUUUCAAGCAUCGUCAACUUUGCAAAAGCUCAACUUCUCCUAUAACCAUUUAUCCGGGAACGUGACAGAUACUGGUGCAUUUUCAUCACUAACCAUUAGCUCAUUCUUGGGAAAUUUUAAGCUUUGUGGCUCAGUACAAGGCAUGAAAAGUUGCCAUAGUAAGAGGGGUAGACAUUUCAUAAUCACAAUCCUCCUUUCAUUGCUUAUAACUCCUAUAUUUUGCGUAGUUGGGUACCCUCUCCUCCUAAGGUCAAAAUUCAGGAACCAAUUAGCGAGUUUUAAUAGCAGUAAGGUGAUUGAAGAUACGGAGCAAGGUGGUGGGAGGAAAGAACAAAAGUAUCCGAGGAUAUCUCGUAUGCAGCUGAUUGAAGCAACGGGAGGUUUUAGCAGCUCGAGUUUAAUAGGAGCAGGACGAUAUGGGCGUGUUUAUAAAGGAGUGCUGAAAAACAACAUGAGCAUAGCUGUUAAAGUAAUUGAUACAAAAGGAGGUGGAGAGAUAUCAGGGAGUUUUAAAAGGGAAUGUCAAAUCUUGAAAAGGACUAGACAUAGGAACUUGAUUAGGAUCAUAACAACGUGUAGCAGACCGGAUUUCAAAGCUCUCGUGUUCCCUCUUAUGCCAAAUGGAAGCCUAGAGAACCAUCUGUACCCGAGCCACGGGCUGAGGCAUCAACUUGACUUGUCUCAAUUGGUUAGCAUUUGCAGUGAUGUAGCAGAAGGAGUAGCCUAUCUCCACCAUUAUUCGCCUGUUAAAGUCGUGCAUUGUGACCUCAAACCAAGCAAUAUCCUUCUUGAUUACAACAUGACAGCUUUGGUCACAGAUUUUGGGAUUUCAACAUUAAUAAAAGCUGUUGAGGAAAACACUAAUCCUAUCGACGAAUCAGUUACUUACAACUCCACAGAUGGAUUACUAUGUGGAUCAAUUGGUUACAUUGCUCCUGAAUAUGGAAUGGGAAGGAGAGCUUCAACAAAAGGAGAUGUAUUUAGCUUUGGAGUUUUGUUACUCGAGAUUGUAACAGGUAAACGUCCCACAGACGUUCUGUUUCAACAAGGCUCGAGCUUGCACGAAUGGGUGAAGAGUCAGUAUUCACAUAAACUCGAGGCUAUGAUUGAUGAAGCGUUACAAAGAUGUGCAACAACAACAACUUGUACCAUAGUUCAACGCGAUAGCAAUAUAUGGCACGAUAUCAUGUUAGAGUUGAUUGAACUUGGCUUAAUGUGUACACAGUACAAUCCAUCAACUAGGCCAACAAUGUUGGAUGUUGCACUUGAAAUUGGAAGGCUAAAACAGUAUCUUUCAAGUUCUUCCAACAUUGUUGCUGAAGAUGUCACAACAAAAAGUUAACAUUUUUUUAUCUAACAAUGUAACUUUAUUCAUUGUACUUCUAUGUCCUUUUUUUACCCUUUUAAUUGUUCCUUCUUGGGGUG